AUUAACCGGUUUCUCAGCACUCAAAUUCAAAUCUCAACACAAUGGAGAAAGGUGAGGAUUCAAGCACAUUCAAAAUGGGGAACUCUGCACAAGAGAGGAGUUUACCGUAUGUACCCGAUUGUUACGUUGUCCCGCCUUCUUGCGAACCAUGUGACUCAAAUUCCGAAAUCUUACCCACUAUCGAUGUUUCUCGGCUGAAAGGUGGAGAUGAUGAACGUCGAGGGGUUAUUCGAGAGCUAAGUUUGGCAUGUCAGCAUCUUGGUUUUUUUCAAAUAGUGAACCAUGGAAUCAACCAGAACAUACUAGACGACGCCUUGGAGGUUGCAAGACGCUUUUUCGAGCUGCCAGCGAAGGAGAAGAAGAAGUUUAUGUCAAACGAUGUGUAUGCACCGGUUCGGUACAGUACGAGUCUCAAGGAUGGUUUGGACAAUAUCCAAUUCUGGAGGAUUUUUCUAAAGCACUAUGCACAUCCUCUUCAUCGUUGGAUUCAUCUUUGGCCUGAGAAUCCACCCGGAUACAGGGAAAAAAUGGGAAAGUUCUGCGAGGAAGUGAAGGAACUAUCAAUAGAGAUAAUGGGAGCAAUAACGGAGAGCCUCGGGCUAGGGAGAGACUACCUGUCGUCUCGGAUGGACGAAAACGGCAUGCAAGUCAUGACCGUUAACUGCUAUCCAGCGUGUCCGGACCCUGAGACUGCGCUAGGCCUGCCGCCGCAUUCAGACUAUAGUUGCAUCACCAUCCUUCUACAGAACUUGGCCGGUCUCAAGAUCUUCGAUCCAUUGGCUCACGGUGGCUCUGGCCGCUGGGUUGCUGUCCCAGAAGUCACAGGUGUACUUAAGGUCCAUAUUGGUGACCAUGUGGAAGUGCUAAGCAAUGGAUUAUACAAGAGCAUCGUUCAUAAAGUCACAUUGAAUGAAGAGAAUACGAGAAUCUCUCUCGCGAGCUUGCAUAGCUUGGGUAUGGACGAUAAGAUGAGUGUCCCGUGUGAAUUGGUUAACGAUAAAAAUCCGGUUCGGUAUAAAGAGAGCAGCUUUAACGAUUUCCUUGAUUUUCUAGUCAAGAAUGACAUUUCCCAAGGGGAUAGAUCCGCGAGCUGGAACCGUGUGACGGAGGAUUACUCGGUGCCUUGGUCCGCACCAAAGGGAUUAUGGAAGGGCUUAGACGAAGACGAGCCGGCUCCAUACGAUCCCAUCGGCCAAGAGGUGACCAAGAAAGAGAAGUCACGUACCAAGUUUGCUGAAAACGCCGUUCACAUAAUCCCUUUUGUCCUUCUUGCUUGUGCUCUCGUCCUUUGGUUCUUCUCUAAUCCAGAUGUAGAUGUUGGGGUGAAAGGGGAAUCCAUUGCGGCUAGGAUUGAAGGAUUAACGAUCGAAGGAGACAUUGACAAUGACAACGACGGAACUCAGACCGGAUUCUUAGGAGCCGCAACAGAGGUCGGACAUUCAGAAAAUAAACUAAAACGCGACGUUAAUAAACGCAAUCGGAGGAUACAAGCUUCAAGGAAAGUGAUGAAAGGUUUUUAUUAAUUCUUUUUUUUGUUUGAUAAAUAUUUAUGAGAUUU